GGCAGCCCACUCGCGGCCUUCUUUGUGCGGGGCGGCGCGGCGCGGCCGGGGCGAUGCUGUCGGGAGGGAAGAAGGCCGCGGAGGCGGCGGCGGGCGGCGAGGGCGGGUCUGAGGCGCCGGUGCCUCCGCCUGCCGCCGCGGGGGCCCUGGGCUCCUCUGCCGAGAGCGGCGGGGCUGCGGAGCGCACUCCCCGCAAGAAGGAGCCGCCACGGGCCUCGCCCCCGGGCGGUCUGUCCGAGCCGCCGGCCGCCGGUGCCGCCCCUGCGCCCGGCGCCGAAACCACUGGCAUCGCCGAGACCCCCGAGGGCCGCAGGACCAGCCGCCGCAAGCGGGCCAAAGUGGAGUAUAGAGAGAUGGAUGAGAGUCUUGCAAACCUGUCAGAAGAUGAAUAUUACUCUGAAGAAGAGAGAAAUGCUAAAGCUGAAAAAGAGAAAAAACUACCACCACCACCUCCACCAGCUCCUGCAGAAGAAGAGAAUGAAAGUGAGCCGGAGGAGCCAUCUGGGCAAGCAGGAGGACUUCAAGACGACAAUUCUGGAGGGUAUGGAGACGGCCAAGCAUCAGGUGUGGAGGGUGCAGCUUUCCAGAGUAGACUUCCACAUGACCGUAUGACAUCUCAAGAAGCCGCCUGCUUCCCUGAUAUAAUCAGUGGGCCACAGCAGACGCAGAAGGUGUUUCUAUACAUCAGGAACCGCACCCUGCAGCUCUGGUUGGAUAACCCAAAGAUUCAGUUGACAUUUGAGGCAACUAUCCAACAAUUAGAAGCACCUUAUAAUAGUGAUACGGUGCUCGUUCACAGAGUACACAGCUAUCUGGAGCGGCAUGGUUUAAUCAAUUUUGGUAUCUACAAAAGAGUGAAACCCCUUCCAACCAAGAAGACUGGAAAGGUGAUCAUUAUCGGUUCUGGAGUCUCUGGGUUGGCAGCAGCUCGCCAGUUGCAGAGUUUUGGAAUGGAUGUCACAGUUCUGGAAGCCCGGGACCGAGUGGGAGGAAGAGUUGCUACCUUUCGCAAAGGGAACUAUGUUGCUGAUCUGGGAGCAAUGGUGGUAACAGGACUUGGAGGAAAUCCCAUGGCUGUGGUCAGCAAACAAGUGAAUAUGGAAUUGGCUAAGAUCAAACAAAAAUGCCCACUUUAUGAAGCAAAUGGACAAGCUGUUCCAAAAGAGAAAGAUGAAAUGGUGGAGCAAGAAUUUAAUCGUCUGCUGGAAGCCACCUCCUAUCUCAGUCAUCAGCUGGAUUUUAAUGUUCUCAAUAAUAAGCCUGUCUCCCUAGGUCAGGCUCUGGAGGUUGUCAUACAAUUGCAGGAGAAGCAUGUGAAGGAUGAGCAGAUUGAACACUGGAAAAAAAUUGUGAAAACACAGGAGGAAUUGAAAGAUCUCCUUAACAAGAUGGUGAAUUUAAAGGAGAAGAUUAAAGAACUUCAUCAACAGUAUAAGGAAGCAUCAGAAGUGAAACCACCUCGGGAUAUUACAGCAGAGUUCCUUGUGAAAAGCAAACACAGAGAUCUGACUGCACUUUGCAAGGAGUACGAUGAAUUGGCAGAAACACAAGGAAAGCUGGAAGAGAAGUUACAGGAACUUGAAGCCAACCCACCAAGUGAUGUUUAUCUGUCAUCAAGAGACAGGCAAAUACUCGACUGGCAUUUUGCAAACCUAGAAUUUGCUAAUGCUACACCCCUAUCUACGCUUUCACUGAAGCACUGGGACCAGGAUGAUGACUUUGAAUUCACAGGCAGUCACUUGACUGUGAGGAAUGGAUAUUCCUGUGUGCCAGUAGCCUUGGCAGAAGGGUUGGAUAUUAAACUAAACACAGCAGUUCGACAGGUUCGCUAUACAGCAUCAGGCUGUGAAGUGAUAGCUGUAAAUACCCGAUCUACUAGCCAAACUUUCAUUUACAAAUGUGAUGCUGUGCUGUGUACUCUUCCCUUGGGAGUAUUGAAACAGCAGCCUCCAGCAGUACAGUUUGUGCCACCUCUUCCUGAGUGGAAAACUUCUGCAGUGCAGCGUAUGGGAUUUGGCAACCUUAACAAGGUUGUGUUGUGUUUUGACCGUGUCUUUUGGGAUCCAAGUGUCAAUUUGUUUGGUCAUGUUGGUAGCACUACUGCAAGCAGAGGAGAACUUUUUCUGUUUUGGAACUUGUACAAAGCACCAAUUUUGUUGGCCUUGGUAGCAGGAGAAGCAGCAGGGAUCAUGGAGAAUAUCAGUGAUGAUGUCAUUGUUGGACGGUGCCUUGCCAUCCUCAAAGGCAUAUUUGGUAGCAGUGCUGUACCACAGCCUAAAGAGACUGUGGUGUCCCGCUGGCGUGCUGACCCAUGGGCCCGGGGAUCGUACUCCUAUGUAGCAGCUGGAUCUUCUGGAAAUGACUAUGAUUUGAUGGCUCAGCCAAUUACUCCAGGGCCUGCCAUUCCAGGUGCUCCUCAGCCUAUUCCUCGCCUGUUUUUUGCGGGAGAGCAUACAAUUCGCAACUACCCUGCAACUGUUCAUGGUGCUUUACUGAGUGGACUGAGAGAAGCUGGUCGCAUUGCAGACCAAUUUCUUGGAGCCAUGUAUACUUUGCCUCGCCAGCCGACACCUGGGGUUCCCCCACAACAAGCUACCAGCAUGUAAGAAAAGUAGAAGGUAUCAGGAGUGACAAGACCACAGUGCUGCUGUUGUGGACUCUGGGAUGAAGAUAAUGAUGUAGUCUCUAACAGUAUCUGCUGAAAGGACUCAGCCAUGAGUUACUGUAUACUACUUCCAUUAGAAUGGCCUUACAAAAACUUACCUAACCUGUGGCUUGACAUCCUUUUACAAAAUCUCUUACAGCUAUUUGAAGUGUCAGUGUACACAGAAUCCUUUACUAACAAGCUGGUUGGGGACUUUUUUGACUCUGCAGAUACUUACUGAAAGCCAAGCUUAUAGCUGGAGAUUUUUGUUGGUUUUGUUUGGGUUUUUUUUUUCUACGUAUAUAUGUAUUUAUAAUUUGGUAAUUGCACAAGGCCUUCUAGAAGCUGGUUGCUACGAAUAGUAGCUUAGUGUAGAAUUUAUUUAAACUUUGUUGGUUUUUUAAUUGUUUUGUUUUGAAGAAUAUUAUUUUUGACCAAUUCUAUUCUUAUCUGCCAUUUGAGAAUUUGGUGCAACUGUUUCCCUACCAGUAACAGCAAACCACACCUGUCCAACAUGGCCCAUUGGCUGCUGCAUCCUAUGCAUCCUGUUUUAGAAAGAAAGCUGGUAUUACUAAGAAUGUGCUAAGCAUACUUUUUAAUUAAAUACUUUAGACAAAAGGAAUCAUCAGAAUUGGAUAUUUGUAAGUUAAAAACUAGAAAAAUUACUUGUAUUUGUUUAUAUAGAAACAGAGUUCCCUAGACAGUAAGUUAGCUGAAGGAUCUAAUCUCUUGACUUCUGCACGCUGCAGAUAGGCACUCUGUCUACCUGUGGAUUUCAUUUCUGCUAGGGUGAUGAGAUGAUGUUGCAGCUGUAAUUGUUAUGCUUCUGAAAAUCACUUUGAUUUGGCUGCUUUUCCAAAUAUUUUUCUUCUCAUUAAUGCAGUGCAUAGAGCCUUUCUUUCAUUGCACAGAGCAGUCUUAUUUAAACAUUUAAGUCCUUUUUACCUCUCCUCCUUUCCUCAUUUAAUAUUAGACUUUUCUUAUUUCUUCCAACUUUUCUCAUCCUCCUCCUUUCUACAGUUUUUCUGUCUCAUCUAACCAUGGUCUCUGUUCAUACUGUUUUUUCUACUUUUCAUUUUUUCUGUUCUCACUCUCUCUGACCCCAUGUCUGUACAUGUGCAGUCUGUCCCAACUUCCUGCUGUCCUUGCACCUUCUGCUCUGCUAGAGGACCAGUACCUCCUCUUGUUCCAUGCUCAUCCCUCUACAAAUACAUUGCCCACACUUCUUCCUGAAGAAAAUACACACACAAACACAACUGCAGCCCUUACUUCAUAAAAUCAUAGAAUGGUUUGAGUUGGAAGGGACCUCAAAGAUCAUCUGGUUCCAACCCCCCCACUGCAGGCAGGGACACCCUCCACUAGCCCAGGUUGCCCAAAGCCCCAUCCAACCUGGCCUUGAACACUGCCAGGGAUCCAGGGGCAUCCACAAUCUCUCUGGGCAACCUGUGCCAGGGCCUCACCACCCUCACAGGGAAGAAUGUCUUCCUAAUAUGUAAUCUAAAUCUACCCUCUUCUAGUUUAAAGCCAUUACCCCUUGUGCCGUCACUACAGUCCCUCUCCAGCUUUCCUGUAGCCUCUUUAGGUACUGGAAGGCUGCAAUUAGGUCUCCCCAGAGCCUUCUCCAGACUGAACAACCCCAGCUCUCUCAGCCUGUCCUCAUAGUCCAUAGGUGCUCCAGCCCUCUGAUCAUCUUCGUGGCCUCCUCUGGACUUGCUCCAACAGCUCAAUGUCUUGCCUGUACUGGGGCCCCCAGAGCUGGAGGCAGUACUGCAGAGGGGUCUCACCAGAGUGGAGUAGAGGGGCAGAAUCAUCUCCCUUGACCUGCUGGUCACACUUAAUGCAGCCCAGAUAUGGUUGGCUUUCUGGGCUGCAAGUGCACAUUGCCGGAUCAUGUUGAGCUUUUCGUCAAUCAAUACCCCAAAGUCCUUCUCCUCAGGGCUACUUGUUUAUAGCUGCAUUGUCUUUGGCCACAGACUCUCCCUCUUCUAUCAUCAUUACUGUUCUUGUGUCGCCUUCUUAGUAGCUGGAGAUAAUUCUUCUUUCUGACUGUGUCUGUUAUGUUCUGGUUGCUUUCUCAUUUGAUGUUGAAGUCUGUGAGGGAGUAUCUCCAUAGGCAGUCUUUCUGACAAGCUAUGAGAAAGGCGGGGGGGACACGAUGGCUCUGAUGUGGCAGGGGUAAUAGUCUGUGAGGGGGCACAGACUUGAGGUGUCAAGGACUAAGCCCACUUGAAGUGGCUGGAUUUGGUGCCAUGGGGGACCCUCUAUCCUGAACCUCUGUCUAAAUCAGCACUACCUUCUCCAUAUCUCUGACUUUGCAAAUGUUAUUGCUACUUGAACCCUUUAUUGAAAGGGCUCCUCAGCAACACUACUCAUCCUUGCUUUCCCUUCUAGGAGACAAGACAGACUUUAUGAUGGUUGGUCAGAAAACUGCCACUGAAGUGGGGCAGAGGUUGGAAGUCCAGCAAGGCAUGGGGGAGGGAUGUCCAGGGGGUGACUGAGAGUAGAGAGUAAUUUGAGACUGAAGACUCUCUGCCUUAUGUUCACUUAAAAGCCUAUCAGCACCGCUACCCAGAGAAAACCUGUUCCAGGAUGAGAGGUGUUACAGGCCUUUAAAAUCCACCAACAGCUGAUCUAGUCUCCUGGUUAGUCUGACUGAAGAUGGGAAAAGGAUCUGAGAAAUUGGGGUGCUAUGUUCUGUAACCAGGCUUCCAGCCUCUGUGGGGUGGUUUGCUAUUGGGCUUAGUGACAGUGCUGUCUCUCACCAUGAAGACUGUCAUCCCACUUUCUCUAGCAAAGUGUCAAAAACUCAGAAAAGCACUUCUGGCCCACCGGAAAAUAAAAUAGUCCUCAACUUAAUGUAGCCAAAUGGUGUCUUUUCCAGAAAAAUAUCAAGCCACUUCUGCAUCAGCCUAUUAAUGUUAUUUUCAGCUGCUUUGUUUGUUCUGAUUGAGACUUAGUAGAUUAUUCAGCAGGCUAAUUCUGUCAAACCACACAGUAAUUUGUCAAAGACAUUAAAAUGUAGACAAACUUCCUUUUGCACAUUGCCGUUGGUUUGACUGAGCGGGGCUAAUCUUUCACCAGACUGUCCUGUUUUCCCUUUUCAAAAAGACAUCUGUAAACUAUGGUGACCACUGAAAUAAGAAGGUGGAGAUGAAGCCCUGGAUGUUCCCACCCUUUUUGAAAGUGUGCAAGGAGAUGGCAGGUGUUAGCUGAUGGUGGUGAUGGGCAUGAGCAAAGGAAUGGGAAUGCCAGGAGGAGACAAGGAGGCCCUGUGACUUGAUGUAGCUGGUUUGUUGCUUUCAGUCUUCACUGGAAGAUAAAGACCAUGAUCUGUGAUAUGCUGCACCCUGCCCUGGGGACUCUGGACCUAUUCCUCAGCCAGUCUGUGCUAACAAGCCCUAGUAGGUAUUAGAGAGUGAACACUUCAGAGUACUUUCAGCUCUUAGGGGUUUGAGGCUCAGCAAAGACACAGAUAUGGCUGUGCAGCUAGUUGCUGGGCACCUCAGAGCUGCUGUGCUGCAGCUCCUGUCCUGCAUGGCCUGGUUCCUUGUGGUCAGUAGCACUGGUUGUACCCUAAGCAGAGGGGAGCAGUGGUUGGGUGAAGGUGAAAGACUGCUCCCUUUGUUCUGGUUGUAUCCUGUGGAAUUGCUGGGAUGGAGGGUGGAGCUUGGUGGGAAGCACUAUCACCCCAAGGCCAGCUGGAGCUUGCAGAUCUGGAAAAGGUGGCCCGAGCACAUAGUGAUGAGUCAACUUAGUGUUGGGGUUCAGCUCUGCCAGGCUACAUGGUGAAAUUUUCAACAACUGUCCAGGUGCAGGAUGGUCUCGUACUCUUUGCAGCAGUUACCAGUGUGUGAUACUCCUUGAGCAGGUAUUUUCCCAGCACUUAGCAGCUCUUGCCCUGCUGCUUCUGUCAUCCCAGGAGUGCCUUCUGCUGUGCUUCAGAUGGUAGCUCUGAGUCCAGACUUAUCAGUGUAAGUGUUUAGGAGCAUAUUGCUCUCUGCUCCCUGUGCCAGGGUCUGUUAGAUGGACCUUUGGUCUGACCCAUAAUGGCUCGUCCUGUUUAAGUGCUGCCUGUGCAGUCUUCCUACCACUGUGACCUACUGAGGAGGAGAUGGCAUUGUAACUAAAUGGGUCACCAGGCCCUCUUCAUCUCAGCAUCCUUCCUCAUGGUGUCACCAUUUUUCCACGGCUGCUAUUUGCUUGACCUAACUUCCCUGUAGGGAUUGCAUUGUCUGUUUCAGCAGCUUGUGGAUGACCUUUAUCACAGAUUUGAAGAUGCUGGACAUAGUUAAAAAAAAUUGUGAUCAAGUCUGGAUGCACCCUCUGUAGCAUACCUUCCACCUUUCCACUUUCUCAGGGACUUGCCACUUCUUACUCUGCUCCAUGGGUAGAUUAAUUACAUUUCUGACAACAAAACUGAUUGGUGCCCAUUUUGGAAAGAAAAAUGUUCUUCCCUAGUUGGACCUCCCUUUCUGUACUGAAGAUGAAGGACCACAGUAAUCUGCCAUGGGGUUCUGAAUCCUGAGCGAAUCCAUGCGUUCCCUAGUCAUUGUGAUUUCGGAUGGGGUGAAUCUGCAGGAAGAUUUGCAUUUCUCAGUUCUCCAGAAGCUUGUGGUUUUUGUCAGGUGCUAGCAUCCACUAGCAUCCUAACUACUGUUAGGUCCAGGUUUUUGUGUUGUCUUUGUAUGGAAUUGAGAUUAUUUGCUAUGGUCCUGCCUGUAGUGGAAAUUAAUUGCAAAACAUGGGUUCUCCCUGUUUUGUUACCUUAGUAAUUGACUAGAUCAUAAACCUAGAGGAACAACCUCACUGGGAUGCUUCAGUUUCUUUUUUUAUUAUGAAUCUUUUCAUCUAAGUCUCUUGCUAUAUUUCUAAAAAAAUUCAACUGAGAGUGCAAGGUGCUCCGAGUUCAUCUUGUAGUCUUUAAGCCAUGAAGAGGCUCCAUAAAGUGAGGCGACUAAACUUAUUUUAUUUGUAUACUUCAGGUUCUUUUUAAAGAUGGCAAUAAUUCCAUGAGUUACUUCUCCCAAAAAUCUUUACCAAAAGAGAAUUAGAUGCCAUGGGCUGGUUUGGUUUCAAGUUUGUUACUUUUACCCAUGAUUUUUUGCAAUUUCCAAUGUAUCUGAUUUCUAAAGGUGCAAUUUUUUGUUCAUUUGGAAGGAAUAUUGAAAUUUACAGGAAAUGCUUACACUGACAUUCUUUCUCAAAGCACACAGAUAUUACAGAACCAUUGGCAUGCUUCCAGACCUUAUGCUCUGGGUGUUACCAGCAUCAGCUGGAUAAAUACCAAAAAAACACCACAAGAAGUCACCUUCAGAAGGUCAGUGGAGAGUGAAAGCAUCCCUUUAAUUACUUGUGCAUAUCAGUCAUGGAAUGUGCCUUAUCCAAAGAACAAAUUGUCUUAAAAUUAGGAGGUUUUCCCAGCUUUGCCAAUUUGUCUGCUAAAACCUGCUGCUCCUCUAGUCUGUUGACUUGUAUUAGCAAAGUACCUACAAGGUUUGUGGAGUCUGUCUGUUACUUCCAGGUGCUAAUAGGCAUCCAGUCAACAUGAUGUUUAGAAGUUCCCUAGAAAACAUCAAUCACAGAGGCUGAGAAAUGUAAUAAAAUAUCCAAUGGAAGUAUUCACAUCAGGAAUGUAGCCCAGGCUUCACAGUCCUACACUUCCCUGUACAGCUUCAUCACAUUCUUACAUCUACACAUAGAUACGGGGCAGAGUAACUGACCAAAUUCUCUAUCACGUGGUUCUUCCCCCUCUUCAGCCAACCAAAGACUGUGGUGACGUGGUACUGGGAGCCACAUGAAAUCAUGGGGUCACAUGAAGUGUGACCGUGCCUCAAAGAAACACAAAGCAGAUGCAUACUUUCACUUUGGCUGUAGGUUCAACCUUUCUUUGUCUUGUCUGAUGAAUCAGUAAGGAAGGCUGGCAUCUAGACUGACCUUGCUAUACAAUGGUAUUAUCAAUGUGCCUGUUCUUGCAGUGAUGAACUCAGAAUAAUUUUUGUGGUUUCUCAUGUAAAUAUCGUCUGGUUUAGUACAUGCUUCAUAAAAUAACAAGCAAAAAAGUAGCAGCAGGAUGACUUGUUCACAAGCAUCCCAAAGUGCUACUGAGCUGAAGAAAUCACUUGUCAUGUUCAUGCUAUAUCAAAGUUUUAGAGGUGGACUCAGCUGCACAAGUAAGUGCAAGCUUCAGACCACUGCCAAAUAAAAGAUAUGCAAAGACAUUUCAUCGAAGAUUUUGCAGAAAGAAUUGAUAAUGUUUGAAAUACCUACUUCGGGUGGGGUUCAUCUUGCCUAACCCUUUACAUUUGCUCUGCACUAGUUGUCUAGACUCCCUCCAGCAACACUUCUCUAGAGAAACUCAUUAUGUCUCUGUCCAAAUAGUUUCAGGACCUUUGAGUCUGUUAAUUAGGCCUUGAGUUCCAGUAAUGCAGGACCUGCAUCCACAUCUUUCUUACUGGUAUGUGGCCAAAUCUGCCACACUCACAGACCUCAGGUAUUAUUAGUUAUAUACCGUCAGCUCAAGGACUUUCUGGAGAUGGUUUCCAUUUACCACUUUCAUGUUCCGGACCCAGCUCACAGCUUUCCACUCUCACGGAAACUGCUUUGGAUAUAUCCUAUGCUUGGGGAUCUGCUGGCUCCUGAGGCCAAAAGUUUGGAUCUCUGUUUUAUUAAAUUGUUUGUUGGUCCCCAUCAAUGUAGUGUUAAUUACACCUCUCCAUGAAGGGACUUACGCUCACUGUUUUUCUGUUCUCUCUUCUAGACACUGCACCCCAGUAACUUUAAGCCUAUUUCACUUAAAUGAGAAUAGAUUACCUGGUUUUUUUAGACGUCAUGCUUAAAAGAAGAAAUAUCUUGACCUGCCAACCCAGCCUGGAUGAUAAAGUAUCUUUUCCACCUAUGGGUUUGUGUCUUUCAGAAGCUCCUGAAUGCAUUUACCUUGUUUGUGGAGAGGUUGUAGGUAUGUGUCUCUCUGCAAAGACCAUCCAUUUGCAUAACCACUGUUUUUAGCUUUUAGUUAUCUGAGUGCAGUCCCUGGCUAUAAGCACCUCAUGGCAGUGUGCUGUAAUCCCUGAUAGUGGUGCUCAGUGUGUCCAUCCUUCCACACAGCUUCUGCAGCAUUCUCUCUUCAUACCUGCACCAGGUGCUGCUCCUCUGCUUCAGCAUCCGGUAAUCAGUGCUAGAUUUUGCAAAUGGUGAAAUUGCUGUUUGCUUUGCUUCCAAGCCACCCCUGGGUAGCUGCAUCUAUGUGGAAUUGUGGUUGAAGUUACCCAAGCUUAGAAUAGACACAGGGACCACAACCACCUGAAAAUGGAAAUUAAUUACCUAGGUGCUGUAUGACAUAUGUACUCCACAUACCCAAUACUUACCCUUCUUCAUAGUCCCACAUACUUUUUUUUUUUUCAGAUUUUUUUUUUUGCUAAGUCUUGUGUGCUCAUGGCUUAACACAUGAGGAGGUUCAAGUCUCAGCCAUGAUCCACUGUUACAGGACAGAAAUGUUUCCAAUCUCAAGUUCUUGGGCAGAGUUAAAACUGAUGUUUGGACAACGUAUUCCUGUCCUUAAUAGCUUCUCCUCACUCACAAAUCUUAUCUUCACUUCUAAAUAAAUAUGUAAAGCUUGUCAAACUGCUCAAUUUGAAGGCUUUUUCCUGAGUCACUGAGGAUACCUCAGCUUGGUGGUCUCAGGUAAGCGUGAAAAAAUAUUACUACAACUAGCAAUGUAUGUAUCAGACUACUGAAUUCCUGUUCAGCAACAGAAGCCGAUUCUUUCUGUAGCUGUCAAUGAUGGAGGAUGUAAUUUACAAUUCAGUGUGA